GUUGCAGUUAGGGGCAGUUGCAGGAGCUAUCACAUGCGCCGAUCCCGAACCUCGUCUGUUGAGCGGCUCGCCUCUCACACCUCUCCUACCGAAGGACCCGUGGCUUAUGAGGUGGUUGGGAAGGGAGAGGAGCAAAGCGGGUUAGAAAACCCCGCAGGUGCAGGUGGGGCGGCAGUAAGAAGAAGUGGGAGGAGCUACCACAUGCGCCGAUCCCGAACCUCGUCUGUUGAGCGGCUCACCUCUCACGCUUCCCCCCCUGCUGAAGGACCCGUGGCGUCUGAGGUGGCUGGGAAGGGAGAGGAGCAGGGAGGGGAGAUGAGGCGAGCGGAAACUAUGGGAGGAAGGAUCGAGCAAGGGGAGGCACCAAGGCGGCGGCAGCAGCAGCAGCAGGGGCAGCAGCAGAAGCAAGCGCAGACUGACCAAAGCCCGGUGGAUAGCACCAGCGCGAGAAGCGGGGGACGGUACUGCAUGCGCCGAGCCCGAACCUCCUCCACCGAACGCCUUGUUACCAUUGAGUACUCCUCUCAGCAGCACGCCACCACCACCAGUGUGGGGACUGGCUCGAGCCGAGGGGGCAGCGUGAGGGAGAGGGGGAGGAAGCCGAGGCUGAGCGCGUGGGAUGUGUUUGGGGAUCAGGAGGGCCUGAUAGGGCAUGAAGGAGGGGGGCUGUUUCAGUCCAGUGCUCCCACACCUCGGGGUUCUAGAGCAAAAGGUUCUAACCUCACACCUCCCACUCCCAGAGGCUCUAGAAGAAGCAGCCGUGCGGCUUCAGCUUUUGAGUCGACUCAGACCCUCACACCUCCCACCCCCAAAGGGUCCACAGCCAGAUGUCAGAACGUCGGGUCUGUAUCAACUGCCCCCACACCCAGAGGGCUGAGAAAAGGCAGUGGUGCGCUUAAGCCCGCACGCAGCGUGUUUGAGGAUCUGAGUGCUAGUGACGCCACGUCAGCAGUACAUGUUGGUGAUGCCACAUCAGCGUUACAUGUGUGUGACGCCACAUCAGCAUUGCGGGCGGGUUCUGAGUUGGGCCAGCGGCUGCGUCGGUCAGGUUCAGAGAAUAAGGUGCAGCAGGGUAGAGGGAAGCGGCAGGUGAGGGCUCUGGGAGAAGGAGAGGAGGUGGAGCGUUUUGAGUUGAGGCAUGCGGUCUCGAUGGGUGGGAACCUGAGUUGCCGCAUGGAGGCUUGGUCUCUGCAGCAGCGGCAGCAGCAGAAGCAGCAUCAGCAACAGAGGCAGGAGCAGGCAAAGCAGCAGGAACAAGAGGAGCAAUGGCAGUACCAACAAGGGCAAGAGACGGAGCAACACCUUUCAUGGCAGCAGGGGCAGCAGCCGGGGCAGGGGGGAAAGCAGGAGCAGGAGGAGGGGCAACAGCAUGCUCGGGUGCGGUUGUUACUGCAGCGAUCCAUGAGUCUGAGAGAACGAGCAGCAGCCAGGGCUGCGGCACGAGAAGCAGCUUCGGCUGCUGCUACAGCGUUGAGUGCCGGAGGGGAAAUAGCAGCAUCGGCUGCAGAUGCUGGGAGCGAAAGCAAAACAGCUGAAGCCGCAACGCCUCCUGAUAGAGAAAGGGGAGGAGGAGGUGAGAAGUAUGAGGAGGCACCGCAGCAUCAGGAGGGCUUGUGCAUUCAGGCUGCUGAUUCCUUUUCCGAAAAAAGGCAGCAGAAAAUGCAGCAGCGUCAGCUUCAGAGGACUGUCUCUGCCCAACCACGCACCCCUAGGGGCUCAAGCAUUAUGGAGAGAGAAUGGGCUGUUGAGGCGCUUCAAGCCCCCCCUAGAGUUCUUAGGAAGGCAGCCUCUGGCGUGCCGCGCACCCCUAGAGGCUCAAGUUUAAUGGAAAGGGAGUGGGCAAAAGGGGCGCUUGAGCCGAUGCAGCCCAAGUCAGAGAGGAAAGAGGAUGGGGGGAAAGAGAGGCGAAAGGGGAUGGGUCAAUCGGGCAAAUUGGGAGUGAGAGAGGAGGUGGAGACGAGAGAGAGGAUGAAAGGAACGGGGGGAGAAGAGGGGAGGGGAAGUGGGCAGGGGCUUGAGGAGGUGCAGAGGCAGGGAGUGCAGCCGGAAAGGGGGGAGCCCGGGAAGAGUAACAAGCGGCAAGAGGGAGGGGAAGAGGAGCAAGAGGGAGGGGAGAGGGCGGCACUAAAGGAAAUGGAGCAGGAAAUUCGGGCCAUGAGGAAGAGACGCGCGCGAGAGAGAGCCGAGGCCAGGCGAGCUACAGAGAGUAAGAGGGGGGGAGAGGUUGACACAAGCGCAAGGGGUAGCGAGAGUGGGGGGAAGGAGGCGAGAGAUGGGGAGUUAAGGGAGGGAGGAGCAGGGAGGGAGUUGGGGGGAGAGCGAAGGAGGGGGGUGGAGAGGAGGAGUAGGAGCGUGGGAGAGGGUAGAUUGAAACCGAGUGCAGGAGCGGUGUGCGAAGCAGUGUCAGUAAAAGCAGUGGUAGCGGAAGAGGAGGAAGGGUCAGGGGGAUUAGAGGGGAGCAAAGCAAAUUCAUCGGAGGAAGAAAUGGCAUAUCCCCCUUUGAGUCGCAGCCGAACCCAGCCCACUCAAUUGCCCUCCCAGUCUUCCACCCCUCGAUACACCCACAUCCGCCCCUUUUCACCACUACUCCCCCAUUCCUUCCCCGAACCUGACACCGAUUUCGAGCAUGUUACCCGAACUGCUUACCACUUUGACAUGGCGCAGCCACUCUCCCCCGACCCUCAGGUUUGGGAGGAGCCCGAGGCUGAGACCGAACCUGAGGGCGGUGAUCCCCGAACCAAGCGGCGAGGCUUUAGAGACAGGCUGUUUGGCCGAAGCUCAAGCGCAGGCCGGGACAAACUAGCCGAGGCUGAUGCUGUAGAGAGAACGAUCCCAAGAGGGAGCCAAGACGGGUGGCUGGGGGGGGGAUUCUCAUUGCGCCUGUUCGAAACAGCAUUACCGAGAGACGGCUCGUAUGGGAGAGGAGGGAAUAUGUGGGGUCUGGAUGGCGGUGGUGGUGGCACAAUGAGCUGCGAUGGGUCACUCAAGCACAAUGCAGCCACGAGCCGGGAAAGCUCUCUGAAACAACAGUAUGGUUCCAUGAGCCGAGAUGGUUCUAUCAAACAGAAUGGCACGUUGAGCCGAGAUCCGUCGGUCAACCAGGAUGUGAGCCGGGACGGCCCGAGCAGGCUGUUCACCGAGUCCGGAGCUGAGAGUAGCAGCGGCGGUGGCGGGGGUGGCUUGUUGCAGCGGGUAAAGUCCCAAGCGGAGUCUGAUGCAGAGGGUGGCAACAGCAACCACAGCAGAAGCGGCCGUUUCUCCCUGAAAAAACACCUGAGGCGGCUCAAGAGUGGGGAUGGAAAGUCUCCGCUUCCCUCUCCUUUACCCCGUGUGGUGGACUCACUCUUCGACUUCGCUCCUGAGGUGUCUGGUUCCUCUCCCCCGUGCUCUUCCUCCCCCUCCCUCUCGGCCACGUGGGCUGGCAUGUUCUCCCGAACCCAGUCCGGUACGUCCGGGAGCCGCCUGUCAGGCUCGGUGAGCAGCUGGGUCCGAACCAGCUGGGCAGGCUCGGGUAGGAGGAGCAGGGACGGGGAAGGGAGGAUCGAGGCCGCCGCUGCUGUCGCUGCUGCCACUGCUGCUGCUGCUGCUGCUGCUGGUAGUAGUGGUGGUUUCGCUCACGGUGAUGGUGACAGUAAUGAUUGUGACAGCAUCAGUGUUGUGCCGAUGCGCAGGAGCAAAACGGAUGGGAGGAGUGACUAUAACGAGAGGGGAGUGAUUCCCGUUAGCAUGAGUGAAAGUAGAGAUUUCAUGGAUAGAGAGGUCGCAAAUGUGAUGGGGUUACUGGGAAUGAGAGGAGUGCAAGGAAUGGGAGGAAUGGAGGGGGAGGAAGAUGCAGAUGUGGAGGCAGAAUCUAUCCCCUUCUCACCCCUCAAGGUUCCCAAGUCUCCUUCCUGGGUUAGUGAAAUGGGCAUGUGGGCGACGGGGGGGAGGUAGGGGUUGUCGAUAGAUGGAGUGAGCAGUGGGGAGGUAGGUCUAACUCCUCUCACCCUUAUUAGUUUCCAAGCUUCCUUCCUGGGCUAGUGAAAUGGGCUUGUGGGCGACGGGGGGAAGGUAUGGGGGAUGAAAGUUGGACGCCUCAACCUUGCCGAAAACAGGGGAGAAGUUACAUACGAUUGUGUCAUAUCCAUAAGACAACGUAGUUAGCUGUUUUUUUUUGUGUGCCUUUCUCUUAGAAUUCCAUGGUACUAAU